AUGACUUCAUCAAUCACACUCUCCAGCUUGAGUAUAGCGAAAAUUAUCGCAAGGGUACACGCCUCAUGGACCAAGAGCUCUACUACUUUGGGCAAACGAAAGCGUCAUGAGGACGACACCACAGCGUCCGAGGACAAGGAGCAAGCCAGCCUAGAGACGAAGAAGUAG